AUGGCCAAGGAGCUUCUGGAGAAACCCCUCCUCGUCCUCGACGGAGGGCUAGGGACAACGCUAGAGGACGAGCACGGGGUCAAAUUCUCAUCGGCGACGCCAUUAUGGUCAUCGCAUCUUCUUGUGGAAAACACACCCACACUGAAGACCGUCCAGCAAGACUUUGCCAGCGCCGGAGCAGACAUCAUCCUCACUGCGACGUACCAGUGUAGCUUUGAAGGAUUCAAAAACACAAAAUUGGCCCACAAAGAUGGUGGUAUCGAGCUCGAAGAAGCCAAGACGUACAUGCUUUCGGCGGUUGAUGUUGCUCGGGAGGCGUUUCGCGGGAGACGUGGCCUCGUCGCGCUGAGUCUGGGUGCUUAUGGAGCGACAAUGGUCCCAAGCACCGAGUACAGCGGGGCGUAUGGAUCCAUGACCGAGAACGAUCUGUUCAACUUCCACAUGCAGCGGAUCUCGGCGUUCAAAGAGAGCCCCAAGUGGGAAGAAAUCGACGUCGUUGCGUUCGAGACGCUGCCGCGAAUCGACGAGGUCAGAGCAGUUGUCGAAGUCAUGCAACAAGUGACGGACAAGCCGUACUGGGUAUCGUGCGUGUUCCCGAACGACGACCAGAAGCUUCCCGACGGAACAACCGUCGACGAGCUGGUCAAGACCAUCUUUCCAAAGGGAGCGCGACAGCCUUGGGCCAUCGGACUCAACUGUACAAAGAUUCACAAGGUUGGUGGGCUCAUCAGUGCAUUCGAAAAGGCUUCCGCGCAAUUGUCGCUUGAUCUACCUAGACUGGUUGUUUAUCCGGACGGUGCGGGCAAUCAAGUCUACGAUACGAAGCUCCAAAAGUGGGUUGGAGACAAUAGCGACCAGAAGCCUUGGGAUGUCCAGCUGGCCGAUAUCUUACAGGAGGUGACACAGAGGGGCGCAUGGAAGGGAAUCGUUGUUGGAGGAUGUUGUAAGACGACACCAUAUCAUAUUCGACAGCUGAAGACGAGACUAGAGGAAAUAAAAUGA